ACUUUGGGGAAAUCCCAGUCAUAUGCAAUAUCUCAUGGAUCAAUUAAUAGCGAAAUAUAAAGAUAAAAUUCACAUCUUGAAUGCUAAACAUAAUACAUCAGAUUAUACAUAUGAUGGCAUUGAUAUUUGUGGUGAAAGACUUGUCAAAGAGAUAAACGAUGAGGUUAAUUAUAUCAAUGACAAAAAUCUUUAUAAAAUCUCAAAAAUUUCAUUUGUUGGAUAUUCUCUUGGUGGCUUGAUAGCAAGAUAUGCCAUUGGCGUGCUUUAUAACCAAGGAUUUUUCAACGAAAUUGAUCCAACGUUUUUUACAACAAUUGCUACACCACAUUUAGGCAUUCGGCGAGAUGAAAAUAAACUUGUAGUAAAAAUAGUUGGAGAACAACUAAAUUAUAAGGAUAGAUUUGAUGGAGAUGAGCCAAUUCUUUCUGUUAUGUCAAGUCCUGAAAAGGUUUUCUACAAAGCUCUUACUAUAUUCAAAUAUAGGAAGUUGUAUGCAAAUACCAGAAAUGAUAGAACAGUGCCUUUCUGGACUGCUGCAAUAGCUGAUGUUGAUCCAUUUGAAGAUUUGAAAAAAAUAACCAUUGAGAAAAAUGAAAAAUUUGGAACUCUUAUAAAAUCAAUAUCAAAGCAAGUCACCAUUCCUGCCAAAGUCCCUUGGACACAAAAAAUAACUAAUAUAACCAAGAGUAUUCUAUAUUGCUUAUUGAUUGGCAUUUUAUUACCCUUAUGGAUAAUAAUAGUGUUAAGCACACUAACAGUUCAAGGUCUAAUAUCAAGAAGAAGAGUAGCAAAAAUUUUGGCGGCAAGAAGAGUAAGAGAUUCUAAUUGGAACAUAACAUCAACUCCAACGAGAUCUAAUGUUAUUGUAUCUAAUAUUGAAGAAGAUGCGGCAGAAACAGUAAUUAAUAUCCAAAAUAUUCUUACACAUAGUAUAUCUCCAUCACCGACAAAGCAAAGCCCUUCCAAUAAAAUAGUUGAACCUAGCACAAAUACUAUUAUGAUGACAGAGUUUACUACAUCAUCGCUUUUCCCACGAGUUCCAAUAUGUGGUGCACAGAAUAUAAGUUUCACGUAUUUGAAUAUGUUGGGGUGGGAAAAAUUUGUUGUGAUUAUUGAUUCUUUGAAUUCUCAUGCAUCGAUUAUUAUGAGGAAUAAGCGUUUCGGAGAAAAGGGAAAAGAAGUUAUAAAACAUUUUAUUGAAGAAGUUUUCAUACCUUGA